AUGACAGGAAUCAAGCGAUCAAUUAACGGGCAAGCCAAACCUCAAACACAAGUUCAACAAACAGAGGACGUUGCCAUGACGGACGCAACACCUCCAUGCGGACAACAGCAACCACCCUCUGGCAAAACUACCUCGUCAAACAACAUAUCAGAAAACCCCCAAAACUCUCCCAAACCAGAGCCUGCUACAAAGAAACCAUCUCCAACAUCCACAUCGUCCAAACAACCCUCCGCUUCUGGCUCUACAAAUCCCAAGCCCCGCCAAAAACUUGCCAGACUCCCCAAAGAUGUCACAAUAACCACCCGCCCACUCCUCCACGCCCCCCUCCCAUCUCCCUUCUCCUCAUCCAGCUCUGCAAAGACACUCUACAUAACCGCCACAACACCCUACAUACCCACCGUAAAGCGUGUGCGCAAACUCCUAAACGAAGUAGUCAAGCGUGAGAAGCAAUCUGCGGCAUCUCUGCAAAAAGCAAAAGGAAGAGGAGGGCGGUAUGCAGAAGCAAAUGGACGGUUAGAAGCGAGAGACGUGGAAGCAGAGAUCGCCGGGGCGAUUAGCCAGGCAGAUGGCAGUAACCGUAAUGGAAGCAAUGGAGGGAUUAGAGGCGAAGGACAAUUGAAGGCAAGGGAACAGGUCUAUCUCAAAGCAACAGGACGGGCGAUACCGAGGGCGCUGGAAAUCGGAUUGCAUUUCCAAGCCGAACAGGAUUGUUGGGUCAAGGUUGAGAUGGGGAGUGUGAGUGCGAUUGAUGAUAUUGAGGUUAAGAGGAGGACAGGAACAGCGGAAGUGGGGACAAGGGAGGCAGAGGAAGAGGAAGAGGCAGACGAUGUACCAGAGACGAGAAUACGCACGCUGAGUUCAGUUACUGUUACUAUCGGCUUGAAGUAA